GCGGGGAGGGGCGCGGCAGCGGCUAGGGGGCUGCGGGGGCCAGGUCCCGCUAGUGUUGCACACGAAGCUGAACAGAGAAGAGCCAAGCAGAGCAGGGCUCAGCCUGAGCUACCCUUUGUCUGAGUUGGGGGCCGUGGUGGGGAGGACCAGGGUUUGGAGGGGAGGGACCGGGACUGGACAGAAGGGCCCGGAGCAGCGGCCGCCUGGUGGAGCCAAUUUGGGAGCGGGGGUCCAGCUGAGCCCAGGAGCUACACGGAAUGGUGGCAGUCACCUUGCCAGUGCAGCGGCCAUGGACCAGACUGCAAGCUAGGAGAGCAAGGCAUCACUUAGGAAGAGGGAACACAGAGCUGGGCUUAAGGCCUCUUCAUCGGGAUGUCCUCAGGCCCCCCAGCCCAGGCCCAGCAUAAAGGCUGUGUGGGGGGGCCCCCCUGACCCAAGGCGGGGCUUCAUGCGCCACGUGCAGGCGGAGCUGUCUCCAUCCUCACAGCCAGAGGCUGGCCCUUCGCAGCCUGCAGUCAGGCAGGGGGCCCUCCAGGGUGGCCUGCUCAUGGGCUACAGCCCAGCAGGGGGGGCGACAUCCCCCGGGGUCUACCAGGUAUCCAUCUUUUCUCCUCCAGCUGGUGCCUCCGAGCCUCACAGGGUCCUGAAACGGCCAGCCCCACCCACUGAGGGUCCCCGGGAGCUGAAGAGAGGCCCUGGGCUGGGGGCCAGAGAGGGACUACCCCCUGAAGAACCAUCUACUGUGGGGCUCGUGGGCCCAGAGGGACUGGGGCUAGGACUGGGUGUGGCCAGCCAGCAUUUCUGCCAUCAUGGCCUCUGUGUUGUGGAACAGGGCGGUAGCUCCACUUCACCUUGGACUUCAGGGGCCUGGAGUCCCCCCUGGCACCCAUCAAAUGCUUCCUGCAAUACUUUGCACACAAGAGACUGGGUUUCCCCAGAUCCAGGGGGACAGGCGUCCUUGGGGGAGUCCCCAGGGCCAGCCCCUCAGGGCCAAAUGCACACACUUGAUACUGAUUUGCACAGUCUUGCACAAAUAGGGGGUAAGAGCCCAGUGGCUGGGGUGGGCAAUGGGGGCAGCCCCUGGCCUAGGGAGUCCCCUGGCACUGCCAAUGGCCACAGUCCCGAGCACACACCCCCUGGCCCUGGACCUCCAGGCCCCUGUCCCACCAAGCGAAGGCUGCUUCCUGCUGGAGAAGCCCUGGAUGUCAGCUCUGAGGAUGAGGGGCCAGCCCCUCGGAGGCGCCGGGGAACCCUGGGCCACCCUCCUGCUGCCAACAGUUCUGAUGCCAAAGCCACAUCCUUCUGGAGCCACCUGCUGCCUGGAACCAAGGAGCCUGUGCUGGACCCAAGAGACUGCAGUCCCAUGGGGCGGAGGCUGAAAGGUGCCCGUCGCCUGAAGCUGAGCUCCCUUCGAAGCCUCCAGAAGGGGCCAGGCCUGCUGAGCCCCCUCAGUGCCUCCCCCGUUCCUACCCCUGCCGUCAGCCGUACUCUGUUGGGCAACUUUGAGGAAUCACUACUGCAAGGACGCUUUGCACCAUCUGGCCACAUUGAGGGCUUCACGGCAGAGAUUGGAGCUAGUGGAUCCUACUGCCCCCAGCAUGUCACACUCCCUGUCACUGUCACCUUCUUUGAUGUUUCUGAGCAAAAUGCCCCGGCCCCCUUCCUGGGCAUCGUGGACCUGAACCCCCUGGGGAGGAAGGGUUACAGCGUGCCCAAGGUGGGCACCAUCCAAGUGACCUUAUUUAACCCCAACCAGACUGUGGUGAAGAUGUUCCUUGUGACCUUUGACUUCUCGGACAUGCCUGCUGCCCACAUGACCUUCCUGCGCCAUCGCCUCUUUCUGGUGCCUGUGGGUGAGGAGGGAAAUGCGAGUCCCAUCCGCCGCCUCCUCUGCUACUUGCUGCACCUCAGGUUCCGGAGCUCCCGCUCAGGCCGCUUAAGCCUGCAUGGAGACAUCCGCUUGCUUUUUUCCCGCCGGAGCCUGGAACUGGACACAGGCCUCCCCUACGAACUGCAGGCUGUGACUGAGGCCCCUGACAAUCCACGUUAUUCACCUUUGCCGUGAUUGUCAGUGCCCUGAACCCAUGUGGGCCAAGGACCUGCCCAUCCUACUCCAUCCUGGACAGAGCAAACAUGUGGAGAGGUGGUGAGAGACCUUCAGGCUUGAAUUAAAGCCCUCGCUAUGCUCAUGCCCAAACUGAUUAUUUGGGUGUUUAAAGCUGAUCCUUACCACACUCUGCCCUGCUCUGGGUACUCACGUGCCUGCCCCCCUGCCGCCGGAUUUCCCAGGCCGGCUUACGUGGUGGGCAGGAACCAGAGCUACCCUGAAGUUGUCCCAAGUUCCCAGGCAAGUUGUGCCAGCGUUGCCUCCCUGUCCUGGGCAGGGGCCACUUAUUAUUUUAUUUAUUUUUAAUUUAUAAUUUAUUCAAAUUGGGUUGCCUUGGUAACCUCCCAACCAUGAUAAUUGGCAUUGCCCCUCCUCCUUUCUCACUCUCACAUAUUGCUCCAACCUCAGGGGUUGAAGAGGCUGAUGUGGGGGCUGGGGGAGAACUGCUCGCCCUCAGCAGAGGGUGGAGAGUGUAUCCCAGAAGGACUGAGUCACUAGCCAAAGACUCAGCUUCCCUUGUCCUUCCCCAUUCCUUUCACUUCCCCUACUCUCUGACCCCUCUCUGAAAGCCAACUUCUAUCUAUGUGUGUGUGUGUGUGAGAAAGAGAGUGUGCAUGCAUGUGCACACAUGGGGGUUAACCACCCCUCAUCUAGGGCUCCAGACUCCAGUUCUCCCUCUCCUCCUGCUUGUGUCUCCUUGCUUUGGGGUCCUGACUGAGGAAGGUGUUCAGGGGGCAGAGUCGGGGCCAAGGACUGGGGUGCCUCCUUUCACCUGGCCAGACUCUGACCCACCUACCUCAGCUGCGGUGAGGGGCACCCCUCAAACUCAGUCAUGUGGUUCCCAACUACCCCCUUCCCCACUCCAGACUCUGACAGCCUUAGCCCUGACUUCUGGCACUGGGCUGAGGGGAACAAGCAUUUGCUGAAAGUUAAAAAAGACAAAAAAAAAAAACAGUAAAAAAUUGUACCUGGUACUUUUUUUAGGAAACAUAAAAAAAGAAAGAAUAAAUUCUUGUUUGAAAACUUGA